AUGAACGCCAACGGCAUCAGUUCUGUUGCUGUAGCUAUGUGCUGUGUCCUCUGUUUAUCUCUAUGGAUCAUUCAAAGGCACCAAAGCCGUAGAGGGAAGCAGCGAGCAUCGAGGACACAUGUGGAUGUCGCUUCCGUGAAGCCACUGGUGGAUUUUCACUGGAAAUCAGCCAAACUACCAUCGUUACGAGAAUUUCGAUCCAUCUAUAACAUCUCCAUGGGCAUCAAGUCAGAUACGCCUUCAGCCCUCAUCUCCAUGGAUGAGGGGUACCUCGAGCGAAUCGAAUAUCGACGAGAACUCAUGGCCGAACAUGCUGGCACGGUGCUGGGUGUUGUGCCUGGCGGAGAAGCCCCCGUACGCGAACUCUAUAGUUACUUGCUGAGGCAGUAUCUUCCGGUCCGGUUCCCUUUGAUGUUCCAGCUCUCCGCUCAAGACGCGCAACUUACCAAUUCGGUCACGGGGCGAUCAUUUCCCACCAAGCCACCGGCUGAAACCCUAGAGGCAUUGCGCAUCCUCGGUGAAAUCGUGGAGGAAGACCUUGUGUUCCUCGUGCCGUCGCCGGAGGGGCUUCGUAUGGUUGCACACCUUUGGUGUUUCCCCUCGGGGUUUGACCCUGUUGCGAAGUUGGGCAAUACCUUGGACGCCAUCCACAAGCCGGUACCAAGCUAUGAAAAGAUUGGGCCCAGCAUGCAGCGCUUUCUCUCGAAGCUGCAGAGUGGAAAGCCCAUCAAACGCACAAAUUGGUCUGUGCAGCCUCAUCCUGAGCUGUUCGAUUGCAACGCAAAUCGGAGAUUAAAGGACUACAAAGCCAUAAAAAGCAGUGACAUAAGAAUGGAAGAUAGUUAUUUGCGCUCUGAAUUGCAGACUUUGAGCCGUCUGCCGAACACGGAGGCGGUUGUAUUUUUUAUCAAAACGUACAUGUACAGUGUUUCCGAAAUCAAAGCAGAGGGCCUCGGCCCCCAGUUCGCCGAAGCUAUCGAGGGGCUGAAAAAGGGCAAUGCGCCAGGCAUGUGGACCUACAAAGGUGCGUCGCACUGGGGCGAAACUGUUUGCAAAUACAUGCGUUCUUGA